UGAACCAAGCAUGGGGUUGCUCGUCGUGGGCACGCCGCUGCCCUGGGACGACGCGCUCCAGUGGCUCAAGCACGUCCGCCGCAAUGGCAUCCUGCAGUUCCUCGAGACGUACCACCGUGUCAAGGACAUCCGCGGCGAUGUCUUGAAGUGGGGCGACGAGCUUGAGUAUGGCAUCUUUGAGCUCGACCACGACGAGAAGACGGUGCGCCUCUCGCUCCGUGGCUCUGAGAUCUUGCGCGAGCUCAUGGACAAGGAAGAACGCUUCCACCGCGCCGACCACGCCGAAGAAGAGUGCAACUGGGUGCCCGAGUACGGCGCCUGGAUGGUCGAAGCCACGCCGCGCGUGCCGUACGGUGGCUUUACGUCAGACCUUCGCCGCGUCGAGCAAAGCAUGCGUCUUCGCCGUGCGCGGCUUCUCUCGGUGCUCAAGCCCAACGAGAUCGCGCCCACCGUCACAGCCUUCCCGCUGCUUGGCGUCGGCGACUACAUCACGCCGCCCGUCGUCAAGCGCGGCCCGAUCGCCAACUCGCUGUACAUUAGCGACACCAUCAUCAACCCGCACCCGCGCUUUGGUACGCUCACGGCCAACAUCCGCAAGCGCCGCACCGAGAACGUCGACAUUCGCGUCCCGAUCUUCAAGGACGUGUUUACCAAGCAAAUGCUUGACGACGAAGCCGCGUGGGUCGCCGAGCACGCGCGGCCGACGUACGGCGACGCGACGUCGGGCAUCAAGAGCCCGCUCAAGGAAGGCUCGCGGAGCCCGACGAGCGCCAAGGACAUCGAGGUCGCGGUCGCGCCCGAGCCCGUGUUUGCGCGGCUCACGCGGCGCCAGUCGUCGUUCUCGGAGCAGUGCGAGCCGUACCCGGGCUUCAUUCACAUGGACGCGAUGGCGUUUGGCAUGGGCAUGUGCUGUCUCCAGGUGACGUUCCAGGCCAAGAACAUUGGCGAGUCGCGCCACUUGUACGACCACCUCGGCGUGCUCUCGCCCAUCAUGCUCGCGCUCACGGCCGCAACGCCGAUCCUCAAGGGCCGUCUCGCCGACACGGACGUGCGCUGGGCGACGAUCGCCGCCUCGGUCGACGACCGCACGCCCCAGGAGCGCGGCGCUGCGCCGCUCGAGACAGCGCCUCCGAGCUACAAGCAGAUGGCUGGCGACGGCGUCAAGCGCUUGCCCAAGUCGCGCUACGAAGGCAUCUCGGCGUUCAUUUGCAACCACAAGGACGGCGACGACUGCCACGCGAACCUCGACCACUACAACGACGUCGAGAUCCCGUUUGACGCAGAGUCGUACGCGACCUUGCUCUCGAACGGCGUCGACGACGUGCUGGCGAAGCACAUUGCGCACCUCUUCAUCCGCGACCCGCUCGUGCUCUUUGAGCAGCGCCUGCACCUCGACAACAAGACGGCGACCGACCAUUUCGAGAACAUCCAGUCGACCAACUGGCAGACGGUGCGCUGGAAGCCGCCGCCGCCGCCGGCCGCAGACGGCGCCGCGUCGCCGCACAUUGGGUGGCGCACCGAGUUUCGGUCGAUGGAAAUCCAGCUCACGGAUUUCGAGAAUGCAGCAUUCAGCGUCUUUAUGGCCCUCGUGUCGCGCGUCAUCUUGGCGUUCGACCUCAACUUGUACGUCCCGCUCUCGAAAGUCAACGCCAACAUGGAGAUUGCGCACCGCGUAAACGCAGCGACCGAAGAGAGCUUCUUCUUCCGCCGGCACCUUGCGCCGCCUGACGUCGACGAGUGCCACAAGGCCGGCUGCCACGUCCAGUGCAGCGCAACGUGCGUCGACGAUGCGGCCAAGUGCAUUCACGGCGCCGAGAGCUUUGAGACGAUGACGAUCGCCGAGAUUAUGCUCGGAAAAGGCUGCUACUACCCGGGGUUGAUCCCGCUCGUGAACGCGUACCUUGACCACAUCAACUGCGACGACACGACGCGCCGCUUGUUGGACAAGUACCUCGCGCUCAUUGCCAAGCGCGCGACGGGCGAGCUCCCGACCGCGGCCACGUGGAUGCGCCGGUUUGUGUGCUCGCACCCGGACUACCACCACGACUCGGUCGUCUCGCCGUCGAUCGCACACGACCUCAUGGACGUCUGCGCCAAGAUUGGCGAGGGCGCGCUGCAGUGCCCCGAGCUCCUCGGCGACGUGCGCGUCGAGCCAAUCCGCGGCAACACGGCGUACCAAGUGCCACUCAAGAGCGAGAGCGUGGAUACCACCAAGCGCUGCGAACUGCUCCGUCGCUACGUCCAGCGCGGCGGCGAUGCCCAGUCGUAGUCUAUACACAAUACAACCACUAACCUAGCUGCCUGUCU